AUGAAAUUGUCCGAUAUUUUGGUUUUCUCCGUGGCUUUGGCUACAGCGACUGCAGUCCCAGUGAAGCGUGACGAUACGGUGGAAAUCACUUUCUAUGGUGCAGCAGGUACCCAGUUCACGCAGAGCUUCCCUACAGACAGUACCGUGACUCAAAUCACCAACCCCUUGAGCAUUUCGAGAAUCUCAUCUAGCAGCGAUGACGCUGAAUGCACAUUCUCUGGCUCAGGUGGAAGUGUCACGACUAUCGAAGGCGCCUACUGGAAGGACGUCGGUCCUCCUCAGACACAAAUCUUUGGAACGUGCACCAAAUUCUCAUCGCUGCGCCGACGCAGUGACGAGGUCAUGAUCACCUUCAUCGGUGCUGCCGAUGCUCAGUUCACGCAGAGCUUCCCAACAGACAGUACCGUCACCGACAUCUCGAAUACUCUGAGUAUCUCCCACAUCUCUAAUAGCGAUGCUAGUGUUGAGUGUUUCUUCACGGGUACGGACAACAGCUACACCGUUGUGAAUGGAGCCGUUGAAGUGGAUGUCGGGCCCCCUCAGACCCAGGUUUCUGGUCAAUGCUUCAAGUUGUCCACCCCGACUCGCCGCUCAUCUGAUGUUACGGUCACAUUUACUGGAGCUGUUCCUGAAGCUGAGUUUACUGAGCAAUUCUCCCUUGAUGGGAAUACUUAUUCCAUCACUAAUGCUCUGAGCGUCUCCCACAUCAAAGUGGAUGAAGGGGAUGCUUCUUGUAUAUUCUAUGGUAUUGAUGGCUCUAUUACCUCUGUCAUUGGUGCCGAGACUGUUGAUGUUGGUCCCCCUCAGACUCAGGUCCAGGGCUAUUGCGUACCUCUCUAA